CGGAAAUAAACAGAAAAAUACAGCAAUUUUCACCAUUUCAAGUCGGGCGAGGUACAAGAGCUCAAUCCCAGCAACGAUUAAAGAUCAAUAAGCGUGGAUUCUGCGUUCACUAAAACUGGAGAGCGACUAUCGGCCCUUGCAGUUGUUUACAAAAGUUUCUCGGCGUGAUCUUUAUGUGAGGAUCGCGACGGGAGGACAGACGCGGGCUGAGAGAGAGAGAGAGGCAGGUGGAGAUCAUUGUGUCUGCUUGGAUCUGUGCUCAUCAUCGCUAUUGAGAUCUCAUUGUCUGGUCCUCUGGUCCACAAUAGGGAUAUAAACUGCACCAGGGGGCAUUUUCCGCUGCUUUAUACCUUACUACACUGGUGUCCGUUUGACUGAAAUCAUGGAGGCCAUUGCCAAGUAUGAUUUCAAAGCAACUGCAGAUGAUGAGCUGAGUUUUAAACGUGGGGAAAUAUUGAAGGUAUUAAAUGAAGAGUGUGAUCAGAACUGGUAUAAGGCAGAACUAAAUGGCAAAGACGGUUUCAUUCCUAAAAACUACAUUGAGAUGAAGGCACAUCCGUGGUUUUUCGGGAGAAUCCCCAGAGCCCGAGCGGAGGAGAUCCUGAACAAACAGAGGCAUGACGGAGCUUUUCUCAUCAGAGAGAGCGAGAGCGCGCCUGGAGACUUCUCACUGUCUGUCAAGUUUGGUAAUGAUGUUCAGCACUUCAAAGUGCUUCGUGACGGUGCUGGAAAGUACUUCCUCUGGGUGGUGAAGUUUAACUCUCUGAAUGAGCUGGUGGAUUAUCACCGCACCACUUCUGUUUCCAGAAACCAGCAGAUCUUUCUUCGAGACAUCGAACAGGUGCCUCAGCAUCCGACAUACGUGCAGGCGCUGUUCGACUUCGACCCUCAGGAGGACGGCGAGCUGGGCUUCAGACGCGGAGACUUCAUUCAGGUCCUGGACAACUCGGACCCCAACUGGUGGAAGGGCGCCUGCCACGGCCAGACGGGCAUGUUCCCUCGCAACUACGUCACGCCCGUCAACCGGAACAUGUAAACAAGCAAGCCAUUUAGUGAAUCAAGUGUAAUUAACGGCCCCUCACAUUCACAUACAAUCAGACGACCCUACAUGUCAACACCCUAAAGUCCUGUGAAAUCCAAAGCAGUACAGACCAACGGAAAUAGAGGAGAAGAAGAAGAAAACAAGAGCAAAGAGGCUGGAUGUUUUCCAGCUCUGCCAUGGUGCCCGGGCGAAAACUAUUAUUCCUGAGAAUCGUGAUGUUUUUCAUGAACGCUUGCAGUCCAGACUGAGAUGUUUAAAGGGCGGAAGGCUGAAUUUUAGCAUAGUAAAUCCUCGCAUAAAUUAAACAACAAUGAUUCUAUCGGUAGAUUCAUCCUGCUGCUUCUGGCUUCUUUUCUAGUCUGCGGUUAGAUUUUGUUUGUUUGUUUGAUUUCUUUUGGUUUUGUUUAUUUGGCUGCAUGUUUAGAUCUCUUUAUAAUAGUAAAUCCUAAAGCUGUUUUUAAAAAGGAAGAAAAAAAAAACAAUCGAAAAAAUAUAUAAAAAUGUAAGAGGUUCAAAAAAAUUUGCAAACGCAUUGUACAUCUGGGCUGUGGAAGAAAAAAAAAACACCUAUAGAGAGAAUCCAUUUUUUUAAGAAUAUAUAUAUUAUAUAUUUGUAUGUGUCUGUCUGUCUGUCUGUUUUACCUUCCAGCAUAUUUUCUUUUUCUCCAAAUGUAAAUUAUGUUAAUUUUUUGGGGAGGGCGGAUGAAACGGAGUAGCUCUGAGAAAUGCUGAUGUUUUUUUUAAGCAUCUCAGAUGUUUAACGCCGUAGUAUUUAACGCAUCGUAUUCCAUUUGACAUCCUUCUUUGUUUUAGAUCCAGUAGGUGAGCAGCGAAUCCUCAGUGAUGGCGAAGGUGCAGGAGGUGACCUGAUGUGAAAAAGUCACCAUUUUAAGCCAAUGUAUUUAUUUCAGCCACUUUUUAUUUGUGUUGGGAUGUGAAUGUAGCCAACAUCGCUCAUCAUGAGGGACGGCAGUUUGCAGAGCUGAACCACAUGAUUUUAAAGACGGUGUCAAAAGUUGUUCACGUACUGCAUUUGUAACUAAACAACUUAAAGUCGCAAGAUUUGGUGUCGGAAAACUGGCAGAUGCUGGUUAAGCCAGUAAGAAGAAAGAAACCAGAGAGUUU